UAAACGGAGGGCAUGCCAACAAGGCCAUCUGUCAGGCAUGGUUACGUAAGUGUAACUAGAUAACUCCGGACUGCUAACUUCAAGUUGGAAGUGUAACAACUUCCACUCUUUGGAGUCGAUUUAAAUCCGUCACUGUGUGAUUGUCGCGGAGCUGUGCGCAAAAUGUCUUCUCAAGUAUACGAUUGCAUUGUGAUCGGAGCUGGGAUCCAGGGGUCUUGUACAGCGUACUACCACGCGAAGAAUAACAAGAAAACGCUCCUUCUCGAACAGUUCCUCCUGCCUCACUCUCGUGGAAGUUCCCAUGGCCAGACGCGUAUCAUCCGGAAGGCCUAUCCGCAGGACUUCUAUGCCCGGAUGAUGGAGGAGUCUUACAAACUGUGGGCUGAGCUGGAGAAAGAGGCAGGUGUGAAACUGUACAGACGCACAGGCCUCCUGGUCAUGGGCGCGGAGAACGGUGAGCAGUACCCGCGUGUGAAGGAUGUGCUGCAGCGGAACAAGGUGCCCACGGUGGUGCUGAAGAGGGAGGAGUUCAGCCAGCACAUCCCCAACUUCAACCUGAGCAGCGGGGACGGGGCGCUCGUGGACACCACCGCCGGGGUGCUGUACGCAGACAAGGCCCUCGUGUCCAUUCAGAGGCUGUUUCAGUCACUUGGCGGGGUGAUCAAAGAUGGGCAAAAAGUGACUGGCAUCACGCCAGGUGCGGUUGUCACGGUGACGACAGCCUCUGGGGCGUACCAGACGAGGAGCCUGGUGAUCACGGCAGGGCCGUGGGCCAACACGCUGCUCUCCCACACUGGACUGGAGCUGCCGCUGCAGGUAGUGAAGAUCAACGUGUGCUACUGGCGGGAGAAGGUUCCGGGCUCGUAUGACGUCCAGAAGCGCUUCCCCUGCUUCAUCCAGCUGGAGAGCCAGGAGGCGGACCAGCACAUCUACGGCCUGCCGUCCAAUGAGUACCCAGGACUGAUGAAGGUGUGCUACCACAUCGGUAAGGAGACGGACCCGGACGAGCGCGACCGGCAGACGGACCAGAGUGACAUCGCCAUCCUGCAGCGCUUCGUCGCCCGCUGCAUGCCCGGCCUGGUGCCCGUGCCCGCCGUGGUGGAGAGCUGCAUGUACACCAUGACACCGGACAGUGACUUUGUCCUGGACCGCCACCCGACUUACAGGAAUAUUGUCAUCGGCGCUGGAUUCUCAGGUCACGGCUUUAAGUUCGGCCCCGUCAUCGGCAAGAUCCUGUACGACCUGAGCCAGGGACAGCUGCCCUCCCACGACCUCUCCCCGUUCAAGAUCAGCCGCUUCCAGGUGCCCUCAAAGUCCGCACUGUAGGCUCCUGUUGACCACUCUCCAAGGGACCAAUGCCAUGCAUCAAGCGUCAUGGACUACUGAAUCAAUGGACUUCAAUGCUCAUCAACAGUCUCCUUCAUGCUGAGAGGAGAUCGCAACUGCCAUAGUUAGCGUCUGAAUCAUGUCCUAUGGCCUGUACAGAUUUCACGAUUUCAGCCCGAUUUUGCCACGAUUGUGUCCUGGCCGACAAAUUUCCAUUGUCGUAUCCGAAUAUUCAAAGUCAGGAACGAUGUUCGAAGGAGGAAGCGUCCUGUAAUGUGACAUAUUCAACGACCCACGAUUGUGAAGGAGCCUAGUACCAGGCAGCUCAAAUGACAUGCGUUCGUACUACGUAUUCUAUGAUUGUGUGCCCAGUCAUCUGGGACUGAGGCAAUCAAGCUGAAAGUGCACUCAGUGUGGUUUUUAUAUAAGGCUUCUGCUACACCCUCAACCCCUACCUUGACAUGGGGUAGGGAGGGGGUGAAAAUAAAGAGCAUUGGUAAAAAUCAUCAGCAUCAACUUUGUCUCUGUGUUGCCACUGUCCUGUUCUGCUCACUUGCUGCUGGCCCGUAGGCUACUAUUUGCCACCACCUACCA